AUGAAGACCAAGUUCUGUAACGGCGAGACCGACCCUUCCCCGCUGGGGCUCCUCCUCGGCUGCAGCUCCGGCGGGGGCGGCGGCGUCCUCCCUGCCGCCGGGCAGCCCCCCUCGCCGCUUGCUCACGCCGAUCCCGAGGGGAAAGACCCCGUCGCGGCGGGCAGAGGCGGGGGCGCCACGACCCCGCCCUCCGCGCUGCUGCUGCCGCCGCCGCCGCCGCCGGCUGAGGAGGAGCCGUCGCUCGACCCCCGAACGCGGCGCAGGGCGUAUCUGUGGUGUAAGGAGUUCCUGCCGGGGGCCUGGCGGGGGCUGCGGGAGGAGCAGCUGCGCAUCAACCCCAUCAGAGGUGGCCUCAGCAACAUGCUGUUUCAGUGCUCACUACCUGAUACCAUUGAGACACUUGCAGAUGAACCACGGAAAGUUCUCCUGCGCUUAUAUGGUGCAAUCCUGCAGAUGAGGUCCUGUAAUAAAGGAGAGUCUGUACAGUCUCAGAAGGAAAAUGACUUGCAAGGGGCAGAAGCCAUGGUUCUGGAAAGUGUUAUGUUUGCCAUUCUUGCAGAGCGAGCUCUUGGCCCAAAGCUGUAUGGAAUCUUUCCACAAGGGCGACUGGAGGAAUUCAUUCCCAGCAGGAAGCUAAGUACUGAAGAACUAAGCUUACCUGACAUAUCUGCUGAAAUAGCUGAGAAGAUGGCUAGAUUUCAUGGCAUGAAGAUGCCAUUUAAUAAAGAACCUAAGUGGCUUUUUGGAACAAUGGAAAAAUAUCUAAAUCAAGUGCUGAGGAUUAAAUUUACCAGAGAGUCCAGAACUAGAAAACUGAACAAACUCCUCAGUUACAAUCUCCCCCAGGAAAUGAAAAAUCUAAGAGCUAUGCUUGAAGCUACUUCAUCACCAGUUGUGUUUUGCCAUAAUGACUGUCAAGAAGGUAAUGUCUUACUUCUGGAAGGCAGAGAGAAUUCAGAAAACCAAAAGCUGAUGCUCAUUGACUUUGAAUACAGCAGCUAUAAUUACCGAGGAUUUGACAUUGGAAAUCAUUUUUGUGAAUGGAUGUAUGAUUACACGUAUGAGAAAUACCCAUUCUUCAAAGCUAGUGUUCUUAAAUAUCCUUCAAAGAAGCAACAGCUUCAUUUUAUCUCCAGUUACCUGUCUGCAUUCCAUGAUGGCUUUGAAAAUCUGAGCAAUGAAGAGAAGUCCAAUCUCGAAGAAGAAGUGUUGAUAGAAGUUAACAGGUUUGCCCUUGCAUCACACUUCUUCUGGGGUCUGUGGUCUAUUAUACAAGCAAAGAUCUCAUCCAUUGAGUUUGGUUACCUGGAAUAUGCGUUAUCCAGAUUUGAUGCAUACUUUGAUCAGAAGAAGAAGCUGAAGGUGUGAAUGUGGGAGGAGUGGCCUGUUGGUUACUGUAUGAAGAGGGCAGCUGGACAGAACUUACACUGUGCUUAGGCUACUGUAUCUCUAACGAAGGUGUCACUGAAUUCCAGUUCCUUGGAACGCAGGUGUACAGUACUGAUGACUGUAUAAAAAUGACUUGUUUACAGUUCCGUAAAUACUUGGAAUGAGAUUGGGAGGCAAAAGUAAAAUACAACAGUGCAAUAUCUUUAAAUCUCUUUGAUCUAGAAGGUAUUUUAUAUUAUGGGAGAAGCUUACAAUUAACUGUCAAUACCACAUGUAUCAGAGCAAACAGUGUUACUGUGAGUACAUUUUCUAGAGGGGUGUUUGCAUUAUGGUUUAUGUUGUAAGUGGAACAGUUGUAAAAGAUGAUUCAUUGUAGAUGCUGCCUCUUAAUGAGAAGGAAAAGUGAAGGAGACAACUGUUAAACUGUGAAAUAGGCUUAAAAUCUUAUGGUGAGAUUUGGUUCAACAUGUCCCAUGAACACUAUCUUCAAAGCUGCUGAUAUGUUACACCACUUUAACCAUAAAGCAACUAAACACAUUGAAGCAGUAUGCUUUAAAGUGUUAUCUACACAUACAUGAAUGUUUCUCUUAAGCUGGUGUGCCUGUGAAGUACGAAUGAACUUUGAACUGGACAUUCUGAAGGAGUUUGUCCUGAACUGUUCAUUCCAUGCCCUUCAAGAAUAUGCUUUAGCCCAGCCUGGUUGUCUCUUAAAAUGCUGUGUCCUGCACAGGGGGUUCUGUGGGCUGGCAGCACUGGAAAGAGUGCCUUGAAUUGCUCUAGCAACUCCCCAGAUAACUGAAUUGGCAUUGACAAUACUUGUAAUUGGAGCCCAUCUCUCUUCUUGUGUUGCCACAGUAUAUGGCUGUAAGAAAUAGUAGAGCCAAAGACUGCGGAGAACACUUCAGGAAAUUGCUGUUCUGCCCAUCCAAUGCUUAUGUGGCUUGGGAGGUGCUUUUCUUGCACCUUCAAUUUUCAUCAUGUUCCAGCAAUCCAGUGAAGUGGAGUGUCUUGUGGGGGGAACAAUAAUGUGCAUAUUGAAACUUGAGUAUAAUCUGUGUACAUGUCAUCUAAAGAUUUCUUUAGAUUUUUGGGAGCUUGUUUGUUUUGAAUGUUAUUUGUUUGUGCUUUCUAACACACUGUAUUAUAAAUAAUAAACUUCUAAGUCUACCCUUUUUCGCUUGUAUAGCAAAUACUGUUUCAAGCAGCUGAAAAAUGCAGCAUUUCAUGUACUGUAUAGCAUAACUUGUAAAAGCUGUCAUUUUAUUCUCUAGUAUAGAGAAUCAUUUUCCAUACACUCAGUUAUUAAUACUUUAUAAUAAAUAUAAAGCACUUAAAAACA